GAUACAUAGUAAGAACCGGAGAUGGACUUUGUGCAGAGAAAAGUGAACAAUUUAGGAAGUAAAGUUGCUACUUUCCCUUAUGUUGAAACCAUCGGAAGAGCGCUUUUUUCCUCCUCCUUCUUCUUCUCUGCUUGGCAUGAUUACAUGGAGCUUAGCUCCAAUUGGGAAGGAGCAGAGGAUUACUGGAGACCAAAGUUCGGAUAUUCAGGAGACCAGAUUAAGCAUCUUAUGGCAAUUAGUAUCAUAGUGAAGACGCUUGGCGGACUUAUCUUCAUCUAUGGCAGCUUCUUUGGAGCUUUCCUAUUGCUUCUACACCAAGGCAUUAUUACAAUGAUCCAUCACGAUUUCUAUAGCCAUCGUGUCGACAUUGAACAAUUUGGACUCCUUUAUCUCAAAUUCAAAAGGAUCCUGAACGAAACGGUGUCUUACGAGACCGUUAACAAUUUCUACAAGUCAAACUUUGACGAGCAGCAUGUUGAGAAUGUCAUAUCAAAAUUCCGUGAGCUUACGGAUCAGGCAGCUACAAACUCUUCAUUGUUUGGACAUAACGAGUUUGUUCAGCAUCUCUUAAGCUUCAUCAAAGGAUUGGCCGUAGUAGGAGCAUUGCUCUUUUUCUUGACAAUGAAACACAAACUCAACAAAGCUAAAAAGGAAUCCAAAGUUAAAACUGACUAA